AUGUGUUACUAUGGUAGAUACUAUGGAGGCCUGGGCUAUGGCUAUGGCUAUGGCUGUGGCUAUGGUGGUCUAGGCUAUGGCUAUGGCUGUGGCUACGGUGGCUAUGGUGGCUAUGGCUGUGGCUGCUGCCGCCCACUCUGCUGCAGAAGGUACUGGUCCUGUGGCUUCUACUGA